CCAGAGAAAGCCAGCGUCGGCCGGCCACAAAGCGGCUGAGCCGCGGUCCCCAAUCCCCGCCCCUCUCUGGGCCACGGCGGUCCCUUUAAGGGCCAAGAGGUGCGCGGUCUCUUUAAGGCAGGUCCUGGUGGUUUCUGUUUUCUGAAGGAAGUGACGGGGGGUGGGAUUGAAUGAAAAGUGCUGAACGGAGUCGGGAGCUCAGGAGUCCCGGCGGCUGGGGCCGCGGCGAUCGGGGGGACACGCACGGGGGGCGCUGUCCGGGACUCGGGGUGCGUGGCAGAACGCGGCCCACGUGCGUUCGCAGCACGUCGUGGGGACCUCGGGGUUGAGACGCCCCUCCUGAGGAGGCGACUUGCCAGGAAUCCCUGAACCGGACCCCUUAACUUGGAGCGAACUUUGCAGGCGCGUCUCCCCUCCCCCACGCGGCGCGGCGCGCCGGGGCCCCCGGGGAUGCGGCCCCCCGGCCGCCGCGACGUCCCCUCGGCGCGCCCCGCGCUGCCGCCGCUGCUGCUGCUGCUGCUGUCGCCGCUGCUGCUUGGGGCGCCGCGCGGCGUGGACGCGGGGAGCAGCGCGCCGGCCGAGCUGCGGGUCCGUGUGAAGCUGCCCGACGGCCAGGUGACCGAGGAGAGCCUGCAGGCGGACAGCGACGCCGACAGCAUCAGCCUCGAGCUGCGCAAACCCGACGGCACUCUCAUCUCCUUCACCGCCGAUUUCAAGAAGGACGUGAAGAUCUUCCGAGCCCUGAUCCUGGGGGAGCUGGAGAAGGGACAGAAUCAGUUCCAGGCGCUCUGCUUUGUCACCCGGCUGCACCACAAUGAGAUCAUCCCCAGUGAGGCCAUGGCCAAGCUCCGGCAGAAAAACCCCCGUGCCGUGCGGCAGGCUGAAGAAGUGCGGGGUCUGGAGCAGUUACACAUGGACAUCGCCGUGAACUUCAGCCAGGGGGGCCUGCUGAGUCCUCAUAUCCACAAUGUAUGUGCUGAGGCCACUGAUGCCAUCUACACCCGCCAGGAAGAUGUCCGGUUCUGGACAGAGCGAGGUGUGGACAGUUCUGUGUUCGAGGUUCUGCCCAAGGAGCAGGUGGAGUUGCCUCGCUGUGGGCAAGUGAGGGACCGAGGAAAGCCCUGUGCCUGCCGCUACAGUCUGAGCCUGGCCUGGUACCCUUGCAUGCUCAAGUACUGCCACAGCCGUGACCGGCCAGCACCCUACAAGUGUGGCAUCCGAAGCUGCAGGAAAAACUACAGCUUUGACUUCUACGUACCCCAGAGGCAGCUGUGCCUCUGGGAUGAGGACCCCUAACUGUGGGGAGCAGAGAACCAAGGAGAGCUGUUUGGGCCCACAAGUUCUUCACCGGCCACCAGAGGGCGUUAGCAACCCUCUCUGGGGCCUUAGGGCCCUUCCUGUGCCUCUGAGGCUGAAGCCAUGGGCUCAUCUGCAUGACUGUGAACGGGUGUCGCCCAGCAGGGACAACCUUGGGCAGCCCUGAUGCCUACCUGUGCCCAUCCGGGGGACCGAGAGGGAUAAGCCGUUCUCCAAACUGGUACCCUCCCCCGUUCCUGUCCCCUGAAAUGUCCCACAUACAUGCAAUCAAAGAUGCACCAGCCUUGGCUUCUUUUGUG